AGUUUUACUGAACAUCAUUCCAUGUGAGUUUGUUAAUUUCUAUCUAAUGAUAUGAAUUAAGCCUGAGUUUAGUUUGUUGAUAAGUUGUAUUAUGAGUAGCAAUAACAACGGUUGAGCUCAAUGUUAAAGGCGGACCACAAUAUAGAACACCCAACACAAAUGAUUCCAACUACUUUCAUUUACAAACACGAGAGAAAUUUACAUUGAAGGCGAAACAUGUGGAUGAAAUAGAAUGUAAAUAUUCGAAAAAAAUCAAUCAUCGGAAACUUGCAAGAUUUUCAAAAACUUUCAAUAUUCGUGUUUGUAAUAUUGACAAAAAAUUUACUACAAACUCAUUUCACUGCAUUCAGCACACUUUAGAAUACGACAAAAUGUUUUCUGAAAACCACAUAAUUCAAUUGAGUAUCAUUUAUCGGAAUGGUAAGGUUGGUCAAUGUUAUUAUAUUCAAUAAAGUGAACACGUUACCAAUGAUCAUUUUAAGCCAUCGUAUUAAGUAAAUAGCUAACGUGAAUCUAAUAAGAUCAAUUUUCAUCGGCUGUCGAUCUUUGUUAAUAAUUGCCUAAAGAUCAUAAAGCAAACAUGUCGAAUGAAACUCUAGUUCUUUCCAUGAAUCCAAAAUGUUAAAAACAUUGAUACAGGAAAAAAAAUAGACAAUUGAAUGAAUAAUAAACGUUCUAUAUUAUCCACGAAAUUGAUCAUGUUUAUUACUGUAUUGUGAAUUCUUACAUAUUAAAGUCAAAGUUUGAAUUGAUAAUUAUGAAAGCUUAAUAUUUUAAGGUAAACUGUUCAAAACUCUUCGUUGAAGUUACUUAGAAAAUGUUGAUAUUCGCAUUUGACGAGGUGUCAACAGAAAGCAGUCAGAUAAAUUCUACUUGCAUGUAAAACAUUUAUCAUUCCAUUUGACAGAUUCAGCUUUUUUCGUAGAAUAAAACCAGUUGCUCUCAAUGGUCUCAUAUUAUCGUAAGUAGUUUAUGUUUUAAAUACAAAUACUGCAAAAUAAUCACAUCGACAAUUUUAGUUUAUCACCAUUCAAUUACCUGAAUUGUACAUCGAAAUUAGACACUUGAUCCAUGUUCAACAGGAAUAUCAUGAUUAAGAAAAAGGAAAAUUGUUGAUUCCAUCCCAGGACAAAAUAUUCUCAUUUUUGUGUUAUAUCACAUCAUAACAAAUGAUCGUAAUGAAAUGCAUGAAAUGAGAUUACCAGGACAAUCACUCAUUUGGUAAUUCACUAAUCGAUUAUUUCGACAAGUUAGACAGACUUUGGUAAAUUUUGAAAUGAAACAAUGAGGAUUUUGUUCAACUACUUCAUGCAUACAGAUUAUGUACAACAUUAGAUGCACAUUACUAUUGUUUACUGUAUCUGUGAGAUUAUGAUAAUGUACGACUUUAUCCGAGAUAUUCUCACGCAUUUUUACUUAGUAGGCCACUUGCUUAAUAUAUGUCUUAUCAACGCUCGGUCGAUCUGCAACAAAAAGACGGAUUUAGCCAUGUUUGUAUCCAUAUAUCAACCAUCAGUUAUUAUGAUAUCUGAAGCAUGAACUAACAGUAAUAUUUCCGACCAAAGUAUAUCUUUUGAUAACUAUUUCCUAUGUAGAAGUGACAGAUUGAAUAGACGAGGCGGAGGAUGCCUUAUUUACGCUCACUCUAGCCUAAACUCACUACUAUGUGAUAUGCCUGAACUAAACAAACUGAAGGAUUCGGUGUGGAUUGUAUUAAAGCUGUCGAAUUCCGUUACCUUACUGCUCGUCUGUGUUUAUCGUUAACCUCACGCAUCAAUAUAUGAUAUAGCAGUAUUAUCGAAGGUAUACACACUAGCAUCAUCCCUCUCAUCCACAGGCAAGCUCAUUUGUGGUGACUUCAAUAUGCCCGAAAUUUCUUGGCUGCCAGUCAAAGCGACGAGACGUUAUGAAUCAUUUACUGGAUGUCCACAGCUUGGACAAUGGACUCAGUAUGUCGAUAGCUCUACCAGACAUCAACAUAUCUUGUACUUAGUCUUUACCAGUGGCCUCAUCCCCAAUACUUUGUAUAUUGGAAAAAAGUUUCAAGGUAGUGAUCAUAACAUUGUCAUAUGCAGCCUUAAUGUAAAAACCACAAUCGAUAGAAAUAAAACCAUAACACUUCGUAGAAACUAUCGCAAGCUUGAUUGGAAUAACUUCCACAAUUACCUAAGAAGCACUGAUUGAAGAACUUUCUUUACUUCAAACAAUACCGACACAUUAACCAAUAUAUUUUAUCACAACAUCAAAAGUAUCAUCAAAAACAUCGCACCUUGAAAAUACUGUAAACCUACGUUCUCCAAAGAUCUCGAUAUACCGGUCAGCACUAGAAGACGACUUCAAAGACAAUGUACUUGAUUCCACAAAUUAAAUGAAUUUUUCUCUUUAGUAAGGAUGACAGAAAUACUUGUCCAAACAGGAACAAUAAGUAAAAAAAAGCAAUCAAUCAAGAUAAACGUGCAGCUGAACUAAAUAAUAACUCCUCUGCACACACCAUACUACUCCAAAAUAAACUUAAACUCUCUUAACCGAGAGAGAGUAUAUUCAUUAAAGGCAAACAAGUAUACGAAGAUCCUAAACUUGUCACAGAAUUAUUAAAUGAACAUUUUUGUUUCUCACUAACUAACGAAAAACCAAUUGGUGAUUCAGAACCAGUCCCAGUAACUCCCUGUGAAAUUACUAAUGUAGAAUUCAAUGUACAAAAUACCUACAAGGCAACCAGUACACUGAAUCCCUCCUACACUGAUGGACCAGAUGGUAUUCCAUCCAGCAUGCUAAAACGUGGAGUUAAUGAUAGGUGUGUUUUGCUUCUCAAACUAUUCGCCAUAUCACUCUGUUCAGCGUGUUUCGCUACUGCCUGGAAAAAUACACAUAUCAUUCAUAAAAUUAAAACAGGAUCUGAAGCAAACGUUAAAAAUUACCGGCCUAUAAACGUAACUUCAGUGGUAUCUAGAGUGAUGUGAAAUGUAGUUAAUGCGGCUGAAGUCCAACAUCGUCUAACUAAUAAUCUCAUCUCGACAUCCCAGCAUGGAUUUCUUAGGUCCAGAUCAUGCGAUACAUGCCUAAUAGAUUACCUGAAUCAUAAAACUCUGAAACGAGACAGCGGACUCCUUGUAUAAGUCCUAUUCUUAGACUUUAAGAAAGCUUUGAUAAGGUCUCAAACAAAAGGCUACUCGUCAAACUAAAGUCCUUCUGAAUAAACAAACCACUGUACUCAUGCUUUGCUUUGUUCUUAACAGAACGUAAACAGAUGGUAAAGUACAACGACUAGCUCUCGUCACUUAAAAUAAUCACCAGUGGAGUCAUCCAGGCAAGCGUAUUAGGUACACUUUUGUAUCCUGUGUAUAUUAACGAUAUAUGUUACACCAUAUAAUUUGUGAAACCAUACUUAUAUGCUGAUGAUAUCAAAAUAGUAUACAGCUAUAAGCCUGAGACCCUAAGUGAAAGUGUAUCCUGAAUCGAAAAGGACCUCAAUAAUAUAAUUAUGUGGAGUGAAAAAUGGCAAUUACUAAUCAACCUCAACAAGUGCGGGAUCAUGCACUUUGGAAAGCAUCCCUAUAAACCGCAACUUCACUUAAAUGAAAGUAGAGUCCAAACACUCGAAUCAGUACGCGAUUUAGGAAUUAAUUACACAGGAAGCCUGAACUUUGAAAAACAUGCCUCAUUUAUUAUUUCUAUAUCUAGACGGCUAAUUGGCUUUAUAAUGAAAAACUUUUUCACAACAGAGGGUAAACUUUCUCUCUACAAAAUAUGUGUACGACCCUCCCUUGAAUACUGCUCUUCUGUAUUCUCUAAUAUGAAUAUCACAGACAAGACAAGAGUAGAAGUUGUUUAAAGACGUUUCACACGUCAACUACUAGGAUGCAACUCGAAUCUCGAUUACACAGACAGAUGUAAGCAUAUAUCUUUAGAACCUUUAUGAAAACGAAGGCUAAAAAACAAUUUAAUAUUUCUCUACAAAGCGAUAUAUGGUCUCUCCUUUCUAAUCUCCUGCCCGACUAUUACCCACGACCCAGCCUAUAGACUUAGAAACAACGCAUAUACACUACUUACCGUAAAACACCAAAAACAAAUGCGUUGUAAGUUCUUUACUGUACGGUACAGUUUAUUGUGGAACAGGCUGCCAAUGCCUAUCCGUAAUUGUGAUACCUUUAUCAGAUUCAAAAGGCUAAUAACCCUAUUUCUAGACUCCAAAGAGCUUCAACAUUUCCUUGAACUCCCGCCCACCAAUGAGGCACUUUAUUACGGACCGCCUAGUAUCUAGAAAGAACAAAAUUAUAACAAGUCCGACUGUUACUAAUAUGAAUAUAACCGAAUCACAAAACAUAUGGCUUAUCCUUUCUCAUUAUUCAUUGUUUAUUAAUCAUGACUUCAUGCUCCUAACCCUAGCUUUCAGUUCCCAAAUCUCUUCAGGUUUAAUGUAUAUUAUUCUUCCUAAAAGUCAUGCCUUUUUUUUAUUCCACUGCAAGAAGACAGAUAGCUCAAUCUUAUGAAUGUUGAUCUACUAAGGCCGACCAUUCAAAGUUCAAAAUUUGGCCACCACGUCUUCCCUUUUGAGAUAUGGAACUGGUGACUUCACCCUGCACCAUCCUUAAAGCCUUGGAUAUCCUAGAGGAAAUAAGGUUGCGAUUUCUAAAAGCUCAUACCUUUAAUGGACCUAUCCUUGACCAUCAGUCGCACAUUGGCAACGCAACCUUCAUGAGGCGCGCCAACUGUGGUACUGAUUCAAACCAUCUACAUUCAUAUCUUAUAAAUUAUCAAUCCAGCUAUGUAAUUUAUUACAGUAUAUAUUGUAUCAUUUGUAUCAAUUUGAUCUUGCCUGUAAACUGGCAUGCCUCAUGUAACAAACUGUUAUUUGACAAUAAAUUAUUAUUAUUAU